AUGAAGUACAAGUAUCAGUUUAAGACCCUGUUUUCAAAUUUUGGGGGGUACGAGCCUAGCAAUGGGGAGGAAGAGCCGAUAACCAGUGGCAUCAGACCCCCGAAAGCCUUUAGAUUCUGACAGAUUCAUAGCUUCAGGACCUUUUCAGUCCCCCUGUGCUGCUCCUGUCCUUGGGAGUGGACCUUCUUCCUAGGACAUUGUUACUUCUUCUUCCUUUCCCAGCAGAACUGGCACGACUCUGCUGCUGCCAGCAAGGAAGUGGGCGUCCAACUUGUGGUGAUCAAAAGUGCCGAGGAGCGGGACUUCCUGCAGCUGCAGACUUCCAAGGGUAACUGCCUCACCUGGAUGGGGCUCUCAGACCUGAAACACAAAGGCACGUGGCACUGGCUGGACAAUUCACCCCAGCUGCUCAGCUUCAUGAAGUACUGGAACAAAGGAGAGCUCCACAGCAGUGGGGAGGAAGAUCGUGCGGAGCUCAGGGGUGAUGGCUGGAACGACUCCAAAUGUGACAUCAGCAAAUUCUGAAUCUGCAAAAAGUCCACAGCUUCCUGCUUCAGUGACUGCAGCCUGGUAUCUGUACUCGAUCCCUGCAGCCUCAACUUCCCCUCUGCUGGAUCCAUCUUCAGGUCCACCCUAUUCUUCUAUGCAGACUUUGCCUCAGGCUUCUCCUCCAGCUUGCCACAGGGCUCCUUCCCCAACCCCUUGGCCUCCAGCUCCACCUUCGACGCCAUCUUGCCUUCCGCGCCCUCCUUCCUUUCCUUCGGUUCUGCCUCUAGUACCAUUUUCCCUUGA